CAAAUAUGGGGGUUUAACCACCAAGUACAGCAAAAGGAAGGGUUCUGCAUUUUCUUCCAGAAACCAUUUUCUUGCUUGUUCAAUCAAAAUGCAUCGACGUUCAUCAAUUUCUCUCUGUAAAUCGCUUCUCAGACACCCUUUUGAGAAAUCAACAAUACCCAAAUCUUAUUUUUCCAUAAGAACUCGUACAUCUCUCUCAAAUUCAUCCUUCAACCUCACGAAAACCCGACAUUUUCUUGGUCCGACGAGUUCAAAUUCAUCAACCCAGCUCGUAAACUUUCAGAAUUUAAGGCGAUAUAGUGUUGACACUGACAGGGAAGUUGAUAAAAUCAAUCUCAAGUUUGCAGAGGCAAGAGAGGAGAUUGAAUCAGCUAUGGAGUCUAAAGAGACUGUGUAUUUUAAUGAAGAAGCUGAAUGUGCUCGUGAUGCUGUUAAGGAAGUUCUUGAUUUGUAUCAAGGGUUGUUGGGAAAGGUGACAGAGAGUGAAAAGGGGGUGAUUCAAAGGUCUAUGGGGCUUAAGAUUGAGCAAUUGAAGGCUGAGCUUGAGCAAUUGAAUGAAUGAAUGAGAGGUGAGCAGUGUUUAGUUUGGUUACAGUUUAUUUUUCUUAAUUUUAGUUUAUUUGAUCAAUGUAUGACUACAAUAACUUCAUUGUUAGCAAUAAAAAAUGCAAAUGCUUAUAAUUGGAAUCGUGUGUAACUGGAUGAUGGUCUAUGACUUGUCAGUAUGAAUUUUGUUUGAUUGUUGUGAAGAUUGUUGUAAGACGUGCGUUUCUGAAGCAAUUUUUCAUGGUGGAUAAAUUUGCAUA